CGCGACCGUAUCAAUCAGUGCAAUGUGCGUCGCGACGGGCGCGACUGAGAAACGCUGAGAAAGGCGAAAGGCCGUGAGACAUUCCAUCGUGAGAAUAGGCCGUGAUGCGCCACUGAAUAAAAACCGAAGUAUAACCUUCUUGGGACACGGUAUGCACGUUAACGUCAGUCUGAGCUGGUCUGAGCCGGCAGUGUUUCUAGUAGAAACGAAGCUUUGUGCUGCUUCGUGGCAUUCUUUAUGUUCCAGAAAGUAGUUGCCCACUGAGAGAUUUAAAUAAGAUCCUCAGUACAACAGAUGUAGUACCUUAUCUAAAUACUAAUUUUCAAGAACCUUUCUAAAGUACCAACUUUGAUUUUUUUGACUAAGUGAUGUAGUUAAAGAACUGUGGAGAUUGUUAUUGUUGGAAUCAGAUGCACAUUAAGUAUUCCUUAUUUUUUGAAGGUUUGGAUAGUUAAAUAAACCAAAGCAGCAUGGAUGUUUUACCUCUAACCGAUGAAUCUUAUCAGAAAUUGUUCCUACGAGGUUAUCCUACCAAACUUUUAAUUCCUGUGAUUGUGGAUACUUUGACCAAAGAUAGUGAUUUCAACAGUCAAAAACAAUUUCUGGAAAAUACAAUUUCUCUUCCAUUAGUUAAACAAUAUCCACUUAAAAUCGAAUAUAUGCAAUCAUUAAUGAAACUAAUUAUAUUAGAGCUUGAAAACAAAGGCUUAGAAGUGUGCAAUGAGUUUUAUGAGACAUUUUUUGAACUAACUAACACACAUGCUAAGAGUGCAACUCAUUUUAAACAUUAUAUGUUACGUGAGUCUAUAGAACACUGUAUCACUAUUCAAGAAAGUUCAAAUUUUAUAGGGGAAGGAACUACUGGGUUGCAUACUUGGCAAGCGUCACAGGCACUAGUUAACUGGUGCAUUACACACAAAUUCAGACUACAAAAUAAAUGUAUUCUUGAAUUGGGGUCUGGAGUUGGACUUGCUGGCCUUGCUGUAAGUUCAGAAUGUGAGCCCCAGACAUUCUGGUUUUCAGAUUGUCAUCCUUCAGUCCUGGGUAUGCUCCUUUCCAAUGUGAAAGUAAAUGUUGAUCGUGAAAUUGACUCAAAACUCUCUGAUACACUAGAAAAAGAUAAUUUCUUUAAAGUAAGUUCAUUUGGCAUGCCAAAUGGAGUUGAAGAAAACAUUUUGUAUCAAGGGAGAAUGAAGAACACUAGUGUAUAUGUUAUGAAUUUACCAUGGGAAGAUAUUCCAAAUUUGAAUAUAAGCCAAGGAAUUAGCCCAGAUAUAGUUUUAGCAGCGGAUGUAGUGUACGAUUCCACAAUACUUGAAUCAUUGUGCAGUGCCCUGUGUCAUUUAGUGAACAAAAAUUGUAUUGCUGUUGUAGCAUGUACUGUUCGGAAUGAAGAUACAACAAAGGAGUUCCUAGAGAUGCUAGAAAAAUUACAUGUUUCUGUGGAGAUGGAAGAAACAACCAAAUUCUUGGAAUUUUUAAAUCUAGAUGAAAUGCCAGUUAGAGUAUAUAAGUUAUCACGAUUUAAUCCGUCCUAAUUCUGAACAAUCCUCUUAAGAUUUAUUUCUUUUAUAAACAGUGAAGAAGCAAAGCAAAUGCUUUGUGGUUAACCUGUGAAAUUAACUCUGUAAUUGAAAUUUUAAAGAGUAUUUCCAAUUAUACAUUGUUUUAAUUCAUUUUUCAUCAUUAUUGUUCAUUUUAGAAUUAUAUCAUAUGGAGAAAAAACAUUCUAAUUUGAAGAUCUGUGAUUCCUUGAAAAACUGUUUGUUUUAGGAGUCAAAGAGAAGAAUGGUUGCUAAUGUACAUAGGCAGAUCCAGCCAUUUUUUUUAGGGUGGCUAUUGUAGAUUUUUGUUAAAUAAUAAAUAUAUUUGUUAUUAUGUUGUAUAUUAUUUAUGUACUGUAGAUAUGAUAGUAUU